GCGUUGCCCCACGAGCCUCGGCCGCCUAUAUAGCCGGCGUCGCGGUGCCGCCGCGGUUCAAACCCACUCCACCGACGCCGACGCCGCGAUCGAAGCCCCGCACCACACCGCCGCGCCUCUACUUUUCGCCAGCGGGCAGCCCGACAGGCAGCGAGAGCCGAGUAUGGUGACGGUGGUGCAGUUGCUGCUGCUGCUGCCGCCGCUGCCGCUGCCGCUGCUGGCCACCGACUACUGUGCGCUGUGCCGCGCGCCGGGCAGCCACACGCUCUGCCUCUACCCGGAGCCCGGGCCGUCCGCCGGCUGCACGGGCUACGUGCCGGCGCCGCUCACCGCCGCCGAGAAGAAGGCGCUGCUCGACACGCACAACGGGCUGCGCAGCCGCGUCGCGCUGGGCCACGGCUGGUCGCCCAACAGCACGCACGAUGCCCAGCCCAAGGCGGCCAACAUGCGCCAGAUGUACUGGGACGACGAGCUCGCCACCACCGCGCAGCGCUGGGCUGACAGGUGCGACAGCUUCUACACGACGCGGCCGCACGACGAGUGCCGCGACUCGCCGCGCUUCCCCGUGGGGCAGAACGUCGUGACGACCGCCUACAACUUCCCGCUGCCCAAGGACGUGCGGUCGCGCGUGCGCGAGUGGUACAACGAGAUCGACGACUUCGACCCGUCGUGGGUGUCGUCGUUCAGCUUGCAGCCGGUCGAGGACCGGCCGACGGCGCACUACACGCAGCUCGUCUGGGGCUGGACCUACCUGCUGGGCUGCGGGCGCGCCGUCUUCCACGAGCUGAUCAACGGCGAGCUGUGGAUGGUGGAGCGGCUGGUGUGCAACUACGGUCCCAGCGGCAACUUCCUGGGGCUGCCGCUGUACGAGGAGGGUGACCCGUGCUCCAGGUGUCCCAACGGCACCCGCUGCAGUGACACCUACCCGGGGCUCUGCCAGAUCGACGAGAACUACAACGCCACGACGACGCCGCUGCCACCGCUCUGGAGCUUCACGACGCGGCCGCCAGGCAGCAGCACCAGCAAGAGCCCGGCCGCGGACGGCGGCAGCUCCACACAGCGAGCGACUGUGGCGCCCUCCACGACCACACAGCAGGCGCGACCCACGACCACCGAGAAGGCGCGCUCCAGCACGGAGGGGACGCGGCGCACGACCAUGCUGCGGGCGACAACGGCGCCGCCGGCAACCGAGACGACGGCGGCGACGACCGCGUCUUUGGUCGGCUCAACAGAGUCCGAGGCCGUGACGGACGAGGGGACGACCACGGAAGCAGUGGCGACGACAACCGAGCCGGUGACGACGGAGGUCGAAACCACAGAGGCUGCGGCCCAGAACAGCAUAGCGGAGUAGGGCGGCUGCAGCUUCCGCCUGUUUGUUCUCCGUGAUGAGUUUCGCCUGUCCUCCGACAGGAAAACGACGCAUCUGAUUGUGGGCUAAUACAUCGCUGUUCUUUUCGUGAUAGUACGUGUUAUCUUCACCAUGCUCCCAUACCACUGUUAACGUUCACUUGUUACAUACGAGAGCUAACGUGACAUUUUUGUAUUCACGAGUUUACCUAACUUCUCUUCUCCUGCUAAUAUCAUUCUCCGACAUUCUCAAAUGUCAGUAAUAUUGACUGAAAUUACCAAACUCAGGUAUUCUUCCCCAUGUCCACUGUAGGUGGUCUCCUUUCAAAGUUACAGUAUUCUUUCCGUUUUAUUAUAUCAACAUCCGAACGUCUAUCUGUUCAUUCACCUCCCAUAUCACUCGUGUCAUCUGAUAUCAUGUUCCUGACGUAACAACCAUUUAGUUUGUUUUGCCGAACAUAUUACCACUCUCAUGCCUAGAACAGAGAUCUGUAGGACCUAUCUCAAACAAUAUUAGUACCCCCAAUUGGUUCCCAUUAUCUCUGGGACCUUCUGUAGCUUGUCCAUUCAGAGAUCAGCUUCAUUUUUUUCUGUCGCAUAUCAUCUGUUUUUGCACUGCAUUUCCAUAACUGGUUUAAAUAUCCGUUUGAUUAAAUCUAUCUGUGCUACAGAUCUACAGAACGUGAAAUUCAUUUUGAUAUGGGUAUCCUUAGUUCCAGAGAGAGUCAUGUAAUGAUUUUCUGUUAAAUAACUGAUACUUGUUUUCAUUUGCAUCUUUUAUAAGGCAGAGGCACACUCUCCGUCUGCACUUGUAUUGGCAAGUAACAAUAACUUGAUUUCUCGUACUUUUUAAAGUCUUUCACUCCUGUAGGAUGAACAUACUUCACCAUCAAAUCGAAAUUUAUAUCUGUAGUCACUUUUCAAUCUACAAGAGCAUGGCAAAUAUUUAUCUAUCACUGAACAUUUCCUUUCAGCGUCAGAAUACAGCGACUCAAGUUGCUUCCCACCGUGAAAUAUUCGAGACUUUGAUUUCCAUGUUUUCUUUUUCCAGUACAAUUUCAGUUUACCAAAGGAUUAUACCAGUUGCCAUAUUAUAUAGGUUAUUUUGUUCUUUGGUGCUAAGGAAUUUAUGAGCGAACUCAGUUGCUACUUCAUUCGGAAGACUUUUUUGUCGAUUUGUUUAAACAGCUUUAUCAUGAACAAUUUGCAUUGAAACAUAGCAAAUAAAUGUAUAUCAAUAAAAACUAUGUGGUACACUGAA